AGUAAUGUCCAGGACAAUGUUAAAAGCGUAAAAAUGAACAAAGGGCAACAACUGCAAAAUUAGGCAAGGCAGAGUUACGAUUCCUAUGCAUUGCAUACCGACCCACCUACAAAGUUUCAUAUGUUAAUAUAUAUUAUAGUUCGGACAAGAAAAAGCGGACGGAUGGACUUAGCGGCGACUAUACAGUAUGCUUAUCUUCGGGGAGCAUAAAAAUAGAUUAACCAUCAAUUGUUUGUUUAUCUUUUCUACUUUCGUUCAGUAUGAAAGUAAUUUAUUGAGUAGCAUAACUGAUAUAUUUCGAUGAACAGCUGACAUCUAAAUGUGCUAUUUAUAGUCUGAAAUUAACAUCAAAUGAUGUCUAUUUCAUAUAGCCAGCUUUUGGCGCCUGUCUUACAUAUAUCGGGCAAAUGACAGUCUUUGUUUUUGGAGUGAUCGUGGACUGAAAUUUUUACACCUUGAGAUGCGUGUUUAGAUGUUUCACGGUACCACGUGCGUUUUAAGUUUAUGAAUUAUUUCUGUUGUCAAAGCUUGAUUUUAAAUAUAUAUAUGGAUUUACCGAAAGCUAGUGUUGCAGUGUUGUCGUCAUUAGGGAAAAUAUGUCUCCAAGAGUUAUUUGAUUGUGUUAAUAGGACAGUUCCGAACUGUGUAGAUUCCAUGAAAGACAAAUAUAUCACAUUUCGCUACACACCUUGGGAUUGUCAUUUGCUGGAGGAUGCGUCAACUGAGAUCGGUAACAAAUGUGGAAAUGACGUCAUAUUUGAAGUCCGCAUAAAAGAAUCCACAGACAACAUUAUAAUAUUUCAGACAGAUGUCAACAAUUACAUUGAAAAAUCGGCAAACUCUUGCAGAAUAAGUUAUGGUGCUGCAAUGAUCUACCUGAUGUUGAUGGUCAAAUGUGUGCUUUUAUGGUGCAACCAAUAAAUAUGACAAUAUUUAAAAAGUAGAAACAGAGAAUAAUGCUAUGUAAUUUGAGAAAUGAGACAAACUGCAUUAAAAUGAAAGUAUUGCAGUACAUCUAUGGUCUAAAUUGAUUAGAAAAAUUGAAAUAAAAAAAUAGCUUCUUGUAAGGACACCUUUUAGUGAAUAUCGAUAUCUAAAAGAUUAACCGUUGAGUAAUUUAGGAGAAACAUUGAAUUUUUAAUUAGAUAUUUCAAGCAUAGGUAGAAUUGUAUAGUGACCCACCAGUGUUGGCAGGUGUUUAUAUAAUUAGAUAUUUCAAGACUAGAUAGUAUGUAAUAGUGGCCCACCAGUGUAGGCAGGUAUUUAUAAUGAGAUAUGUUAAGGCUAAAUAGGAUUUAAUAGUGGGACACCAGUGUAGGUAAGUAUGAAUAAUUAGAUAUUUCAAGACUAGAUAGUAUGUAACAGUGCCCCACCAGUGUUGGUAGGUAUUUAUAAUGAGAUAUGUUAAGGCUAAAUAGGAUUUAAUAGUGGCCCACCAUUGUAGGUAGGUAUUAAUUAUUAGAUAUUUCUUGACUAGAUAGUAUGUACAAGUGGCCCACCAGUGUAGGCAGGUAUUUAUAAUGAGAUAUGUUAAGGCUAAAUAGGAUUUAAUAGUGGCCCACCAGUGCAGGCCGGUAUUUAUAAUGAUAUAUGUUAAGGCUAAAUAGGAUUUAAUAGUGACCCACCAGUGUAGGAAGGUAUUAAUGAUUAAAUAUUUCAUGACUAGAUGGUAUAUAAUAGUGGGCCACCAGUGCAGGUAGGUAUUUAUUAUGACACAUAUCAAGACAUAAUAUGAUUAAAUUAUCGCCCACCAAUGUAGGUAGUUAUAAAUAAAUAUAUAUUUCAAGACUAGAUAGUAUUUAAUGUGGGCCACCAGUGUUGUUAGGUAUUUUUAAUUAGAUAUAUUAAGACGUUAUAUGAUAUAAUAAUCCCCCACCAAUGUAGGUAGGUAAUAAUAAUUAGAUAUAUCAAAUCUAAAUAGGAUUUGAUAGUGAACUUCCGGUGUAGAUAGGUUUUAAUUAUUAGAUAUUUGAGGACUUGAUAGUACGCAAUUAUGGGUAGUUAUGGGUCACCAGUGUAGGUAGGUAUCUAUAAUGAGAUAUAUCAAGACAUAAUAUGAUAAAAAAAAGUCGACCACCAGUGUAUGUAGGUAGGAAUAAAUAAAUAUAUAUUUCACGAC